CCAAGGCUGUAGAGGAAAAGGGCAAACCCAAUAAUCACACCACAUUGCCACAUUGUAGGGUUUUUCAGGCAGACAGCAGGAGUGCAUGCCAUCAGGACAGUCGAGCCGUGUCAGGGUCCUUCCAUGUGCCCAGAUGCCCGAUGUGGACCUGGGACUUAGGUUUAGGCUUGAUUCUUCCUCUGAACACAAGAAUAGGGUCUGGAUGCAGAAUAUGAGGGCUUCCUGCUAAGGUACCUGUGGCAGCAGCUGUUUGGGAAGCUUCACCUCAUUUUGAAGUCUGAUUAAAUUGCGGGGAAAGGAGCUUUCACAGUCUGUCUCUUAGAACAGAGCCUGAGCAACAGAGCUCAAAUCAAAUUCAGCAACAGCUUUGUAUGCUCAAAGACUACGUGGCCAGGCAGUUUGAUUUUAAAGGGCUGUGUUGUGCCUGCUGGGGAGCCCACGAAGAGAGACUCUUGACUGAAGGCCCUCCCAGAGGAGGUAAAGAUGUAGUCUUGAUUGAGCACAGGCAUGUUUGGGAACCUCUUUGAGCUGGAACAAACCUCCAGCAGCUGUUUCUGUCAGAAAUGAGCAUGAACGUGUUUAGUCCCUGUGCUGCUGGCUGUGCAGCUUGUGAUUCUCCCCACUAACCGUGACAGCGCAGCUCUGCAAGCUCCCCUCUGUCACACGCUCACCGGAGGGAGCUUCACAGAGCAAGGGGCGGCUUUGUGCAGGCUGCCAGGAGGCAAGAUGAGCCAGCACAGGAUUGUAACGUUGGCAGGAAGGCAGGUUGCACACUGUCUUGCUUCAAGAAGGGUAAGAAGACCCAGGUAAGCAGCUCCUGGGGCCAGGUCCCAGCAUCCCGCACACACAAGCUCAGACAGUGCCCCACCACCAACUUCACCUGGGGAGGAAAGGAGUUACAAGCCCCACAUGAAACAGCGUGGGAAAGCCUGAGAGUUUUGCAAUAGUUUUGUGCUGGCCCUAGUUCCCCUUGUCUGUGCACUGCCCAUGGCUAAGAUGGGAAAUGUGUCCAACGCCUCGGUGUUCACCUCCACCCUGUCAGAGAGAGAAGACCUGAUUUUUGGCACGCUCUACUUAGUCUUUGUCUGGAUUUUCCUUGAUCUCCGCAAUGCCUUUCUUCUUGUUUGUUUUGUUACCGUGAUACUGGACAGCGCAGACCCACACUAGUGACACUGCCAGGAAAGAAUUAAAAAGGCGAGUGGGCCUGGGUGCUUGGCCUCACAUCAGACGAGCGAUGACACAAAGCUCCCGUUAUUUGUCUAGCUGGAAGGAAGUGCCCCCUGCUCCUUCCAGCUGGAAGGCCUAAGUCUGGCCAGGUCCUGCACCAUCAUUGCCUCUGCAGGAUCUCAGGAAGGGGAAGGGAUCAAAUUCAAUGGAAAGCGGCUCCAGAUGUGCUCACAGAGCUCUGCAGGUCCCACGGGUUCCCCUCCUCGUCCUGCUCCGGAGGGGGAAGCCCAGAGCCCUUUCCCCUUGGCAGACAUCUCCGGGGUUUGCUUCCAAGCCCCUCCAGGAGAUCCCGGCUCCUGCUCUGCCUCUGGAUCUUCCUCCCCCUGGGACAAACAGGCAAGCUGGGCUGGGGAGGACGAAGACGCCCGGCUGCCUGCCUGUGCCCUCUCCCCUGGGAGCUGGAGCUGCCUCCUUCCCGCGGUGCCGGGGAGGGGACGCCCCUUGCCCCGCAUGCACCGUUUGCCUGCCCCUUUUGCAGGCCUCGUGUCUCUCUCGGGGAACUCUCUGCUCCUGCUGGUGGCCUAUCGCAAGCGCUCCACGCUGAAGCCCGCCGAGUUCUUCAUCGUCAACCUGGCUGUCAGCGACCUGAGCAUGACCGUGACGCUCUUCCCCUUGGCCACCCCGUCCUUCUUUGCGCACAGGUGGCUGUUCAACCAGGCCAUGUGCACCAUCUACGCCUUCUGCGGGGUGCUGUUUGGGCUGUGCAGCCUCACCAGCCUGACGGUGCUCAGCGCGGUGUGCUGCCUGAAGGUCUGCUACCCGGCAUACGGUAACAAGUUCUCCCCCUCCCACGCCGGCGUGCUGCUGCUGUGUGUCUGGGCGUAUGCCCUGCUCUUUGCCACGGCCCCCCUGGCCGAGUGGGGCAGCUACGGCCCCGAGCCCUACGGGACCGCCUGCUGCAUCGCCUGGGAAUCCUCCAGCCGAGAGGCCACGCUCUACAUCCUCGCCCUCUUCGUCUUCUGCUACCUUCUCCCCUGCCUCCUCAUCCUCGCCUCCUACUCGCUGAUCCUGUGGACGGUGCAGGUGUCCCGCCGAGCCGUGCGGCAGCACGUGUCCCCCCAGCGCAGAGCCGGCGGCGUGCACGGCCCCAUGGUGAAGCUCAGCAUCGCUGUGUGCUUGGGCUUCCUGGCUGCCUGGACCCCUUACGCCGUCGUGGCCCUGUGGGCAGUCUGUGGAGGCGCCGGCCAGGUGCCAGCACUCGCCUUCGUUCUGUCGGCCGUCUUUGCCAAGUCCUCGACACUCUACAACCCGCUGGUGUACCUGCUCUUCAAGCCCAACUUCCACAAGUUCCUCUCCAAAGACAUCGUGCUCCUCCAGGCCAUCCGUGCCGUGCUCUGCUGCAGUUGCCCGGGCACCGCGCUCCAGCCCUUCCCUCCUGGAGAUGCCAGUACCUGCUUCUCCCCAGGCUUCGGCCGCCACCGCGGGGCCUGCAGGAGCUGCAGCGACACUUUUGAAUGCUUCAGCAACUACCCCAGGUGCUACAAACUGCCACAGGGCCCCGGCCCCUCGCCUGCUCCCCUGGCCAUCCUGGCCGACGGGGCCGCUGGCCAGCCGGGGCUGAAGAGCGCGGUGCAGGUCAUGGUGCUCGUGACACAGAGGAGGUCAGGGCUGGGCACUGCCAGCGUGGCAGGGGAGGUGCUGCCAUCAGGGAUCGUGAAAGAUCUCCUCUGAGCGCCCAGAGCCCAGCAGUGCCCGGGCAUCCUGGCCCCGGCUGCGCCCGAGCCCCUCGUUGGAAGAAAAACCCGAAUGUAGAAAAACCCAAACACAACAUUUCUCUCAUCUCUGUAUCCGAUGGGUCCCCAGCAUGUUCUGCAGAUGAAGUGACACCAACCUUGCCUCCCCUUCUGAUGUGGCUCUUGUGACUUUGAGCCUAGCAUUUGCACUUGCAAAAUAUAUAUAUAUAAUAACAGACUCCCAGUGCCUGAAAUAUGGCCAGGGUGCAACCCCAGGCUGCAGCUUUACUGCUGUUUGCUCUCUGGGCCCUGGGCCUUAGUUUCUCCAUCCUGGUGCUCUGAUGACCAAGCAGGGACUUGGCUGUCUUAACAAACUGU